CAGAGGGGUCAUUUCUUUUUAUAGUUGAUUUAUUUAAAGUUAGCUUUGUAUUGAAAUAGAAUAUUCACACAGAAAGGGUACAUGCCCUAAGUGGACAGCUCACAAUACAUUUUCACAAAGGAACACACCCAUCCAGGAUCAGGAAAUAGAACCCAGAUUAGGAAACAGAACAUAAUCAGUACCCUGUCAGCCCCCUUGUGCUCCCUUCCAGUCACUACUCCCCAGGGCUAGUGUCACUGCUAUUAAUAGUCACUACUAUCUAUUGACUUCUGCCACCAUAGGUUAACUGUUUUUGAACGUUAUAUCAACUCAUACAUGUAUCCUCUCUUAGUAUAUGUGCUGCCGAAGCGAGCACACAUGUAUCCUCUCUUGUGGUCUUGCUUCUUUCACUCAACCUUAUGUCUGUAGGGUUCAUCCCUGUUGUUGCAUGUAGUUGUAUAUUGUUCAUUCUUUUUUGUUGUUGUUGUUCAUUCUUUUCAUUGUAUAGCAUUCUAUUAUAUCUACCGGUGGGCAUUUGGAUAUUUCCAGGGUAGUUUUCACCUUUUAUGUGGGAAUGACUGGAACUUGUUUGAGGUUUGUGGCAAAAGACUGAAACAUCUUCCAUGGGAGGGGAGAGGGAUGGCUAGGGCGACACGUGAGGAUUUCCCACGUGGGAAACAAGAGCCUGGCUGAGGUUGAGACUUGCUCUUUUCCAGCCCAGCUGCUGUGCCAAGAUCUCUGGUGGCUCCCGCUAGCCUGAGUGCAGGUGCAGAGAAGGCAGGGGGUUGGGUUGCCCAGGGUUGGUUUCUGCCAGGUAAGGGAGUAGUCCAGAGUGCCGGGGAUAUUAGCAGGCGGGCAAGCUGGAGGGGUGGCUGCAGAUCCAGGCUGGGGAGAAGGCUGUGCCGGGAAUGUGGGAGGGAGGUGGCGGGGAGAAAUGAAGCAGAGGCAGCUUGUGAGCUUUGUGCAGGGCGAUGUCUGUGCAAUCACAGCUGCAUCUCCAGUGACUAGAGUAAGAUUGUUACUUAGUAAAUAGUUGAAUAAAUGAGCUGAGAGCUUCAGGAGGUCUCAGGUAGAAGGCAGGUGAGAUGGGGGUGAUGGAGAGAGCCUGAAAGUUGUGGUCAGUGUGGUUCUGAUUCAGGAAGGGGGGCACUCCAGAGCCAGGUGAUGAGGCUGGGGUGUUGUGAUGGAGGGUGGCUGCAGGGAGCAGAGAGUGGUGGGCAAUCCACAGGAAUGGAUAGCUGCCAGAGUAGGGGGGCACAGCACUGUCUUCAAGGAGGGAGGGGGAGAUAGCACUUCUCAAGAUCCUGGGACAUCUUGCAUCUGAGUCUGUAUCUGGGGGUGGGGGUGACUGACUGUAAAUGCAGAUGCCUGGGCCCACCUCAGUCUUUUGGGGAGAAAGUAAGCCCAGGACGGCUGAAUGGAGCAUCAGGGAGCAGGAGUGUUUACAGGGUAGGGGAGCACCUAGCUCCUCUGAGGGGAUGAGAUGCCCAGUGGACCCUGGGCAUGGUGGCCUCUAUCCAGGCAAGAGUUGGAUGGGGAUAGUCAAUGGAGAGAUACUGGGAGCAAGAAAGGGCGAACAUCAAGGGGAUUCAGCCCAUGCAAGCUGGGAGCCAGAGGAUGGGGCCUCUCUCCUAGGAGGCAAUUUCUGCUGGAGAGAAGGCGCUGAUCAGCAGUGGGACCUGACCCUCUCCCCAUGGCCUGGGGGUGGAGGGAGUCCCUCAGACUAAGCACCACUUCUGUGGGUGGAGGGAUGGGGGUGGUGCACGGUGCUGUGGGACUGUCUGCCCCCAGUUCCUUCUCUUCCUUCUGAGGGCAGCAGCACAUAACAUGGGGUUGAACCUGUCGCCCACUUUCAGGUCCGCCCUUCUCAGCCUCAGGGCUGCCUCAUGCUCAGUGCCUCUCUUGUCAUCCUUCCGCACAGUCCCUCCACUCAGCACCCGCAGCCCUUACUUCUGCUCUCUCAGAAGACCUCACAUACUCAGAACCCCAUCUCUCAGCCCUCUGUACUCAGACCUCUCUCAGCACCCUCCAACAGGCGCUCUAUGAGCCCCCUGUGUUAACUACACUUAGUUCAGCCCCCACCCUGUUGUCUUCACUGUUUAUCCCUCCAUAUACACCGCCACGCUCGACUCCCCUUACCCGCACUCCAGACCCGGCUCAGACGAUCCCCGCCAGUCCCCAGCCCGAGGGGAACCCCAGUCACCCCUCCCAGAGGCCAGGGGGGCCGCGGGCCCGGUGCCCCCCUGAUCCGGCCGGUCCCGCCCCAUCCCGGCGGUCUGAGUCAGGCGGCAGGAACUGGGCGGGGGGCGGCGCCGGGAGGAGCUGAAGCCAGGAGCCAGAGUCUCUGGGAGCGAGCACGGAGUCCAGCCAGGCCGGCACCGAGGGGCCCUGGGCCGGAGUGGACUCGGGGGGGCCAGCGCGGGGGUUAGGGGGCUGUCCCGGACCUACCAUGAGCGCCAAGAAAAGAGGGAGCCCCGCGCGGACUCAUUCCAUGAUGUCCCUGUCGGUGCGGCCGCAGCGCCGCCUGCUCAGCGCCCGGGUCAGUAGGAGCCAGUCCUUCGCAGGCGUCCUCGGCAGCCAGGAGCGGGGGCCCAGGAGCUUCCCGGCCUUCAGUCCCCCGGGGCCCCCACGGAAGCCCCCAGCACUCUCCCGGGUGUCCAAGAUGUUUUCAGUGGCGCACCCGGCCCCCAAGGUCCCGCAGCCUGAGCGCCUGGACCUGGUGUACACUGCACUCAAGCGAGGCCUGACGGCCUAUUUGGAAGUGCACCAGCAGGAGCAGGAGAAACUCCAAGGACAGAUAAGGGAGUCCAAGAGGAAUUCCCGCCUGGGCUUCCUGUAUGACCUGGACAAGCAAGUCAAGUCCAUUGAACGCUUCCUGCGACGGCUGGAGUUCCAUGCCAGCAAGAUUGAUGAACUGUAUGAGUCAUACUGCGUGCAGCGGCGUCUCCGGGACGGCGCCUACAACAUGGUCCGUGCCUACAGCACCGGCUCCCCGGGGAGCCGCGAGGCCCGGGACAGCCUGGCCGAGGCUACUCGAGGGCAUCGCGAGUACACAGAGAGCAUGUGUCUGCUGGAGAGCGAGCUGGAAGCACAGCUGGGCGAGUUCCACCUUCGGAUGAAAGGGCUGGCCGGCUUUGCCAGGCUGUGUGUUGGCGACCAGUAUGAGAUCUACAUGAAAUAUGGGCGUCAGCGCUGGAAACUACGGGGCCGCAUAGAGAGCAGUGGAAAGCAGGUGUGGGACAGCGAGGAAACCGUCUUUCUGCCUCUGCUCACGGAAUUCCUGUCCAUCAAGGUGACAGAACUGAAGGGCCUGGCCAACCAUGUGGUUGUAGGUAGCGUCUCCUGUGAGACCAAGGACCUGUUCGCUGCCUUGCCCCGGGUUGUAGCAGUGGAUAUUAAUGAUCUUGGCACCAUCAAGCUCAGCUUGGAAGUGACAUGGAGUCCCUUCGACAAGGAUGACCAGCCCUCAGCUGCUUCUACUGUCAACAAGGCCUCCACAGUCACCAAGCGCUUCUCCACCUAUAGCCAGAGCCCACCAGACACACCCUCGCUUCGGGAACAGGCCUUUUAUAAUAUGCUGAGGCGGCAGGAGGAGCUGGAGAAUGGGACAGCAUGGUCCCUGUCAUCUGAAUCUUCCGAUGACUCAUCCAGCCCACAGCUCUCAGGCACUGCCCGCCACUCCUCAGCCCCCAGGCCCCUGGUGCAGCAGCCUGAGCCUCUGCCCAUCCAAGUUGCCUUCCGUAGGGCUGAGACCUCCACUUCUGGGCCCAUGGAUGAGGAGGGGGCUGUGGCCCCAGCCUUGGCCAAUGGGCAUGCCCCCUACAGCCGGACUCUGAGCCACAUCAGUGAGGCCAGUGUGGACGCCGCCCUGGCUGAGGCUUCAGUGGAGGCUGCAGACCUAGAAAGUCUAGUCCGGGGACCUAGCCCACCUGCGUGCCCAGAUCCCACCCAUGGGGAGCACCCUGCUCCUGUCCCUCCUGCCCUGGAUGCUGGCCAUUCUGCCACAAGCCCCACUCUUAGUACAACAGGCCCUGCCCCAUCUGCUCACCUAGGGUCGGCUAACAAGACCAUAAAUUCUAGCUCUCCUGAACUGCCCACCCACACCACUACAGGCUCCACCUCUAGUGCCAUAAGCCCUACCCUUAGUGCUCAAAGUCUCACUCACUCUACCACAGCUUCUACCCACAAGAUGGUGGUCUCUAUCCUCACUACCACAGGUCCUACCCCCAGUACCACAGGGCCAGUCCAGACCACCACAAGUCCCACCCACAAACCAGCGCUUGCUACCCUCACUCCUGCAGCUCCUAGCCCCAGUACUACAGACCCAGUCCAGACCACCACAAGCCUCAGCCACACUGUCACAAACUUGACACACACUGUCACAAGCGCUACCAACAAGCCCAUGGGCUCUGCUCUCAUUAUUGCAGGCCUUACAGCCAGUGCCACAGGUCCAGUGCAGACUACCACUAGCUCCACCCACGCCGCCCCAAGCCCCACCCAUGCCACAAGCCACUCCCACAUCACCACAAGCCACUCCCACACUACUGUGAGCCCCAUCCAUAUCACUACAAGCCCCACCCACACCACCACAGGCCCCACCCACACUACUGCAAGCCCCACCCACACCACCACAGGCCCCACCCACACUACUGCAAGCCCCACCUAUACCACCACAGGCCCCACCCAUACUACUGCAACCACUACUCCCAAAGCCAAGAUGUCAACUAACACCACUACACCCAAUGCCAAGGACCCAGUCCAGAACACCAGGAAUCCCACCCAUUCUGUCACAAGCCCCACUCUUAUAACUGUAAGCCCCUCCACUAUUCUAGACUUUGCCAAGCUCUCCAGCUCUUCUGCAAAUACAGACCCUCCCCACCUAGGCACUGACCCCCUAUCUGGUAGUUACCUAGCCUCCACUCCUUGCACUCAGGCAGACCCCGUAGCCCCCAGCACCUCCCAUCCAAGUCCUGCUUGUUCUAGUUGGGAGCCGCUCACAAGCCCUUCGCCGGACCCCCCAGAAGCCAUCUGUCAGAGCCCAAGUCUCCCUCCCUCACCCCUAGCCCCUUUGCCCCAGUAUCCAGACCCUGGAGUGGCCAGAGCUUCUCCGGCCCCAGUUCCAGGGGCAGCUGGAGGGGCUGGGGACAGGAGGCUGGAAGAGGCUCUGGGGGCCCUGGUGGCUGCCCUGGAUGACUAUCGUGGCCAGUUCCCUGAACUGCAGGGCCUGGAGCAGGAGGUGACCCGGCUGGAGAGUCUGCUCAUGCAGAGACAAGGCCUGACUCGGAGCCGGGCCUCCAGUCUCAGCAUCACUGUGGAGCACGCCCUGGAGAGCUUCAGCUUCCUCAACGAGGAUGAAGAUGAAGACAAUGACAGUCCUGGGGACAGUGCUUCUGGCCACCUUCCUCCUCAUCCCUGCAGUGUCUGCCUCCCCCGUCGGUCCCUGUCAGCUCCUGAGUCUCCAGCUCCUCCUCUCUUCCUUGGCCUCACCUUGAACCCACGCUAUGAACGAGCCCUUUCUGUGCCUCCCUGUGCGUCCUGGGUCCCUCAGCAUCAACCUCCUCUGUCUGGAUCCCAAUCUGCCCAGAGACCCAGGCCCCUUGGCUCUCUGUCCCGGAGUGGCCUUUGCCAACUCCCAGUUGAAGAUCUUGCGCGGCCCCUCCUCCCUCCGAUGCUGCACAGGUUACGACCCCGUGCCCCGCGCCCCUUGGGCCACAACCUCUCGCAGUCCACUUUGUGUAGGCCAUCCCGCCUGCAGCCCUACUCCCGCCCGUCCUGGCCCCAGCGAUCCUGGCGGUUGUAGCUGGAGGGGGACCUGGGCAGAUGGGCUCUGGGCAGAUCCCUGCUACCCCCUGUUAGUCCCAGCCCUUUCCUCCUUCUGGAAGCCUUCCAUGAACUUGCCUGUUGUCUGUUGUUUGUAUGUCAUCUGUUCUGUUCUGGGAUGUGGGGAGCUUAAUAAAAAUUCACUGGUGACCAGAUGAUGAUGUGUGCUCCUGGGGCGGUUGACCCCAU